UCUCUGAUGCCCCUCUGAACCCAGCCCUUUCUCUCCCAGCCCGUGAGAAUUUGAGCUGGAGAGCCAGAAUGCCCUGGUAAGUGGAAAUCCUGCCACUUCAAGACAUGGAGUCAUCUUUUCCAUUUGGAGUGACUCUUGCUGUCCUGGCCUCCCUCAUUAUUGCUGCCAAUGCACUAGUGGCUGUGGCUGUGCUGUUGCUGAUCCACAAGAAUGAUGGUGUUGGUCUCUGCUUCACCUUGAAUCUGGCUGUAGCCGACACCUUGCUUGGUGUGGCCAUCUCUGGCCUAGUCACAGACCAGCUCUCCAGCCCACCUCGGCCCACACAGAAGACCCUAUGCAGCCUUCGGAUGGCAUUUGUUACUUCUUCCGCAGCUGCCUCUGUCCUCACAGUCAUGCUGAUUGCCUUUGACAGGUACCUUGCCAUCAAGCAGCCCCUCCGCUACUUCCAGAUAAUGAACGGGCUCAUGGCUGGGUCCUGCAUUGCCGGGCUGUGGUUGGUGUCUUACCUUAUUGGCUUCCUCCCACUUGGAGUCCCCAUAUUUCAGCAGACUACCUACCAGGGUCCCUGCAGCUUCUUCGCUGUGUUUCACCCACGCUUUGUGCUGACCCUCUCCUGCGUUGGCUUCUUCCCAGCCCUGCUCCUCUUUGUCUUCUUCUACUGUGAUAUGCUCAAGAUUGCCUCCAUGCACAGCCAGCAGAUCCGAAAGAUGGAACAAGCAGGAGCCAUGGCCGGAGCAUACCGGCCUCCUCGGAUUCCCAGCGACUUCAAGGCUGUCCGCACUGUGGCUGUUCUCAUUGGGAGCUUCACUCUGUCCUGGACCCCAUUCCUUAUCACUGGCAUUGUGCAGGUGGCCUGCCAGAAGUGCUACCUCUACCUGGUGCUGGAACGGUACCUGUGGCUGCUCGGUGUGGGCAACUCCCUGCUCAACCCACUCAUCUAUGCCUACUGGCAGAAGGAGGUGCGGCAGCAGCUCUACCAGAUGGCCCUGGGAGUGAAGAAAGGGCUCACCUCAUUCCUUCUUCUUCUCUCAGCCAGGGAUGGUGGCCCAGAGGGGCCCAGGGAAAGUUCCUGUCCUAUCACCACUAUCUCCCACUCACAGCUUCAUGGCGAAGAUGGUAAGGGCAGAGAAGUUUCAAAGUGACUUCUCCCUCUCCUCUCUGGGCCCCAACUAGGAAAUCAAAGCUAGGGGAAUGAAAGUGCUUGCUUCAGACAGUUGACUGCCCCACCCCAGACUGAGAGGAACUGAGGUAGGGUGCUGACUUUCUUCUAUAACCAAUUUCCUCAUUUCCAAAUCUCCAUUCCUCCCUAUGCUUCUUUUGCAAUUAAUCUGUCUCUCCUGUACAGGUAGGUAGAAAGAAAUGUACUACUGAAAUAAUGCUAAAAAAUCAAAUCCUAUUCUUGAAUACACUACAGCAGCAGUAUCCAACAUAAAUAUAAUGCAGGUCACAUAUAAUUUUAAAUGUUCUAGUAACCACAUUUAAAAGGUUUAAAAAAGGCAAUGUUAAUGUUUCCUUUAACCCAGUAUAUCUAAAACAUAUUUUCAAUAUGUAAUCAAUAUAAAAAUUACUGCACUGUUUUUUUCAUGCUAAAUCUUUGCAUCUGGUGUGUGUUUUACCUUUCAGAACCUCUAAAUCCAAACUAGCCAUAUUUCAAAUGCUCAACAGCCACA